UUUUUUUCAACACAAAUCAGUCUCUCUCUAUAUCUAUUAAGGGUUUUUCAAGACUAUCGAUUUUGAUCCAAAUUAACAACUAUUGGAUGGUUCUUCAGACGGGUUUGUUAGAUUCGCUUCAAUUGACGACCUUUUCACUGUUCUUUCCAUUUUCAAGGUAUUCAGAUUUGUGAAUUUGAACCAAGAAGAUGCCUAUUCAUCGUUCAAAAUCAGAUAAACAAGAUUCGACGAAACCGACUCGCCGAGAUCCCUAUGAAGUUCUUGGUAUCUCCAGGAAUGCUACUGAUCAGGAAAUCAAAACCGCUUACCGCAAAAUGGCUCUCAAGUAUCAUCCGGAUAAAAAUGCAAAUGAUACAGAAGCAGCUGAUAAGUUUAAUGAGGUUACAUUUUCAAACAAUAUUUUGUCUGAUCCAGAAAAGCGUCGCCAGUAUGACGAGGCUGGUUUUGAGGCUGUUGAAUCAGGGAGCCAAGAAUUGGAGCUUGAUCUUUCGAGUUUGGGUACUGUAAACACCGUGUUUGCAGCACUUUUUAGUAAACUUGGCGUUCCUAUCAAAACCACUAUAUCUGCUGCUGUGCUAGAGGAAGCGUUAAAUGGCAAGGCCGAGAUUUUCCCUCUUGAUCUGGGCAAUCCUUUGGUUAAAAAGGUUGAGAAACAGUGUGCUCACUUUUAUUCUGUCAGCAUAACAGAGGAAGAAGCAAGUUCAGGGUUUGUAUGCCAUGUCAAAUCUUCUGAUAAAAGCAAGUUUAAGCUAUUAUACUUUGAUGUGGACGAAAAUGGAGGAUUGAGCCUUGCACUACAGGAAGAUAGUGCAAAAAAUGGAAAGGUGACUUCAGCAGGGAUGUAUUUUCUUGGUUUCCCUGUUUAUAGGUUGGACUAUGCAGCUACCUCUAUGGAAGCUACAAAUGAUCCAGAUAAAGCCUUCUUCAAGAAGUUAGAUGGAUUCCAACCAUGUGAGAUAACUGAAUUAAAAGCCGGGAACCAUGUUUUUGCUGUUUAUGGUGAUAAUUUUUUUAAGAGUGCGAGCUACACGAUUGAAGCCCUUUGUGCUGAAUCGUGUAAAGAAGCAAAAGAGAAUCUUAGAGAUGUAGAAUCCCAAAUCUUAGAGAAAAGGGCAGAGCUUUCGAAGUUUGAAACUGAAUACAAAGAGGUCCUGCAACGGUUCACAGAGAUGACGAGCAGAUAUGCAAAUGAAAUGCAGGCAAUUGAUGAGCUUCUUAAUAAUUGGAAUGAUAUACAUGCUUCAUAUAAAGUCGUUCCACCACUGAAAAGGAGCUGCAGUAAAACCAAGAGUAGGAGCGAAUCCAAUGAGGUCGAGAUUGAAGACAAAGACACAGAACCUACUAAGACGAGGGAUAGACCAAAGAAGAAAAGAUGGUAUAAUCUUCACCUCAAAAUGGAAAAGCAUAGGCCUUGCUAGAAAAAAAGAUAAGUCUUCUACCCUCGGCUUUGUGCUAUGUUUUGUUCUACAUGAUUUUUUUUUUGUCUUUGUAGUUAUACUCAUGUCUGAUACCAUUGCCAAAUUCGGGAUGGUUGAAUAUUUUGAUCCAUUUAAGCUUAAAUGGUGUAAUAAUAGAAGAAAGUUUAUAAAUAUGUAGUUUCAGCCA